AUGGACCCGGGUCCGCGAACCGGUCCCUACGCCGACAUCGCGCGCAAGGUCUCACGCGCCGUCACCCUCGCCCCUAACGCCGCCCUGCACGCCGUCGGCAGCCGCUCCCUCGACAAGGUGCGCGCCUUCGCCGUCGCCAACGGCUUCCCCGCCGCUGCCAAGGUCUACGGCUCCUACGAGGCUGUCCUCCAGGACCCCGUCGAUGUCGACGCCGUCUACGUGCCGCUCCCCACCAGCCUGCACGUGCGUUGGGUCGUGCUCGCCGCGCGCAGCAAGAAGCACGUGUUGCUCGAGAAGCCCGUGGCUCUUAGCGCCUCUGAGUUCGAUGAGAUCGUGGAGGCGCCUCUGAGUUUUUCCUCAAAAUCAGAAAACAUAUUUCAAGGGAAAGUAGUGAAGAAGAAGUGA